GUACGAGCCCCAAUGAAAGUGGCGCGCAGCACCCGCCCGAUUGGUUUACUCAUUCAGUGCUGUUUCAAGUUCGGCGGUAAAAGCGUCCACGGUGGCUACGAUGAAGACACAAGUCUCAAGGGUCGAACGAAGGCAGACCAGUCAACCAGAAGUCGUUGACAUGAACGUGCCGGUAGCGCUAAGACCAGUGACCUCGAAAAGGUUGCUGGUAAAGUUAACGUUCACGCUGCUGAUGAUGUUAAUCAGUGCCGACUCAAGAGUGCUGAAGGAAGAUCUGUGGAAACCAAUUGCGUGUGACAUACCUGGCCAGGAGAAGAAAGGUGUUUGCACGGCAGCCGGCAGUUGUGUUGCAUAUCAAAGGAUUUUGAAUGAAAGUGUGGAUAAUUCUAUCGAAAGGGAGGACUUUAUCCAGCGGCUACAGUGCGGGAAGUUCGAUGGAGCCGAGGUCUGCUGCCCGGAGAGUGAUAGCUAUCGAAUUGGUGACUAUGAAGAUGCUGCCAGGUGUGGCCAAGCGGCCUACAGCUACCGCAUUCGAGGGGGAGUGAUUGCCGAUAUCGAUGAGUUUCCUUGGAUGGCCAUGCUGCUGAAGAAGCACCGAAAAUUACAAUCGCUGUAUUAUCACUGCGGUGGUGUCUUGAUAAGUAAGCGAUUUGUUCUAACGGCAGCACACUGCAUCGUGCCGAAGAUUGGUGAUUUGAAACAAGAUCCACUGAAAUACGUCCGCCUGCGAGAGUACGACGUCUAUCAGGACCCCGACUGCAUGGUGUCCAGCGGCUUCAUGGAUUGUUCCGACGAAAAGUUGGACAUGAAACCGCGGAAGCUGAUAGCUCACCCGGAUUUCACGGUGGGUUCAGGCAACCGAAAUCACGACAUUGGUCUCAUACAGAUCGAUCCUGUUCCGUCAUAUUCGGACUUUCUGCUGCCAAUUUGCCUUCCGCAGGCGGGAUACGAUCACGGCGACCGCCGGGGAAAGAUGCAUAAUGUCGCCGGUUGGGGAAAGACUGACUUCUUUUCCGGCUUGGGAUCGAUCAGCUGGAGCCCGAUCAAGAUGAAGGUUUCGCUUCCGUUCGUUGCCUGGGAGGUGUGCCAUGACGUGUAUCACGCCAUGGGAGUCGAACUGCAGCGAACGCAAAUCUGCGCCGGAGGACGGAAGGCAAUGGACUCCUGCGCGGGGGACAGUGGAUCACCGUUGAUGCAUUACGAUAUGAAAAAUGCCGUUUGGGUUCUGACGGGGAUUGCCAGCUUUGGGGUACGGGAUUGUGGCAUGGAAGGGGUUCCAGGAGUGUAUACUAGCGUAAAAGAGCAUCUGACGUGGAUUAAAGAAAGUAUUAGUAGUGCCUAUCGCCUAUCAACUGAACAACCGCCUUCAGUUCUAACCGUUUCGACAACUGCACGCAAAUGUACUACAAGUUCUAUGGAACAACUGUAUCCUUUGAACACUGUAUGCAAUCACCUGAACCGCGAAAUCUCUACGCCCGAACCCACUGCUGUGUGCGAAUCCAUGGAGUCAUCUGACAAAAGAAGUUGUCUUGGACAACUGAGCAAUCAACAACCGUUAUUCUGCUGUACAUCGGGAUGCACUCUUGCCCCUAGUUAUGAGGAAGCCCCUAUCUCUCUCAUCGCAGUCGAGCCCCUCCCGCCAGCGACCAUCAGCCAUCCCGGUCCUGCGUUUGAGUUGAGAGACGGGGUCUUCCGAACUCCUCCUGCAGGCAAGUACGUUGUUAUUACGAACAAUUCUUUGCCUGAAUCGAUUAUCGUUUCUAGUGGAACUUCGUCAAGCCAAACAAAGUCUGCUGCUAACGGAACACCGGGACGCUUCUGUGUCACAAGUCCUAAGGAAGCCCCUAUUCCUCCCAUCGCAGUCGAGCCCCUCCUGCCAGCGUCCAGCAGCCGUCCCGGUCCUGCGCAUGGGAAGGGAGACGGGGUCUUCCGAAUUCCUAUUACCGGCAAAGCAACAGCCCCCCGUUCGAAAUCGCACGUUACUAUGUACUAUCAGAACGUUGGCGGAAUGAAUGGUCUAGUGGAAGAUUAUAGACUAGCGGUCAUGGAUCAUUGUUACGAUAUAAUAGUUCUGACCGAGACUUGGCUAGACUCGCACAAUUUCGAGCUAUAUUUUUGGAACUGGGUACGAGGAGGUGGCAUCAUAAUCGCUGUAAGUUCUAGGCUGAAGGCAUCAGUAAUCGAAGACGAUUUGUUCAACACCGUGGAGCAGGUUUGGGUAUCUAUUCAGCUCGGAGGCCGUAAACUAUUUGUUUGUGCGGUGUAUAUUCCUCCAGACCGAACUCGAGACUUGGAACUCAUCGACACGCACUGCCGAUCAGUCUUCUUUGCGUCGGAAAUAGCGUCUCCCAACGAUGGAAUCAUCGUUCUGGGCGACUUCAACCUUGCAGGAGUCGCGUGGGUUCCAACUCACAACGGUUUCCUACGCCCUGAUCAGGAGCAUUCCUCGCUUCACCCGGGAGCUCUCAAGUUGCUGGAUAAUUACAGUACUGCAACUUUAUCUCAAGUUAAUUGCAUAGUGAAUGAGAAUAAUCGCUUGCUGGAUCUGUGCUUCGUCGGCGGUCGUUACACCGCUCCAUUUAUUUCCACUGCACCUGUUCCUUUGGUCAAGACUGCCCCUCACCAUCCAUCUCUAGUAAUUGGAGUUGAGAAUGACGACGUCCGCGACUAUGUUGGUACUUCAACGGCUGUGUCAUAUGUUUUUCGCAAGGCGAAUUAUUGCAGUAUUGCCGAAGUGCUGUCCAACUUGGAUUGGCAGAGUAUCCUCGACCCGGCCGAUGCAAAUAUCGCUGCACAAACUUUUUCUCAUGUCUUGGCAUAUGUCAUUGACAGACAUGUUCCAAAGAAGGUUACCCAUAUCGACUCUAGGGUUCCGUGGAUGACAAAUGACCUUCGUUCGUUGAAAAGGACAAAAAAGGCCGUCCUGAAAAGGUUCACAAGGUUCCGCACUCUUCCCUUGAAACACCAUUAUGCUAGGCUGAACCACGAAUACAAACGGUUAAGCCAUUUUUAUUUUAAACGUUACCAGCGGAGGAUACAGCAAUGGCUUAAAUCCCAUCCGAAAUCUUUUUGGAACUACGUAAACGAGCAGCGUAAGGAAGUAGGUCUUCCAUCGUCCAUGGUCUACAACGGAGUCAUGGCAUCAACUCAACAAGAAAUUUGUAACCUAUUCUCGGCCAAGUUUGCUAGCGUGUUUGUCAAUGAGCGCCUCUCCAAUGACUCCAUAACCAGCGCAGCGGCAACGGAAAAUUUCUUGCUUCAACCAUGUGAGAUUCCGAACGAGAACAUGAUCGGAUACUGUACCCCAAAGAACAGCUGUACGGCCUACCAGAAGUUAAUCUCCGCGGGCCCUUUGAGUAACGAAGAACAGGAAUUUGUGAACCGAUUGAAUUGCUCCACAGUUGGAGUUUGCUGCACACAAAGGUCGGACUUUUAUCAAAACCCUCGCGUGGCGGCAUCAGAUCUUGAUAGUGUUUUGUUGAAAAAAUGUGGAGUGGAUACUUCCGGGGAUCGGAUCUUCGGAGGACAGAUUACAGCAAUCGACGAAUUUCCUUGGUUGGCUCUGUUGUUUUACCAAUCCGUUCAAACGGGAAUGAUGCACCCAUCAUGUGGCGGGGUUCUGUUCACCAAACGAUGGGUACUGACGGCGGCUCAUUGUGUCACGGGGAAAAAUUACAUGAGUUUGGGACCUCUGAAAUUCGUUCGAUUGGGAGAGCACAACUUGGAUACGGACGUUGACUGCGACUCGAAUGGGGAUUGCAACGAAAAGGCACUCGAUAUAGCGGUGGAGAAAGCUAUCCCGCAUCCGGAUUACAGUAGCACAAGCUGGGACCGGUUCAACGAUGUGGCACUGGUGAAACUGGCUGAAGCUGCGCCGUACACCGACUUUAUAAGGCACAUUUGUUUGCCAAGCUAUUACAAUUUAACGGAACCGACAAGCGCGGUAAAUGUGAAGUACGUGGCUGCUGGAUGGGGACGGACGGAUUUCUAUAACACCACUAUUGCCGUGCCGAGUAAGCUCAAGCUGAAGGUCAGCCUACCCCACGUUGACCACGAACAGUGUCGUUCGGUUUACGCAGAGCACACGAUCCGGAUAGCCGACAGCCAAAUCUGCGCCGGUGGACAGAAGGCCCACGAUACCUGCCGAGGGGACAGCGGUUCCCCGUUGAUGUACUACAGUCGACAGCAUGCCCGCUGGUUCGCGUACGGCAUCGUUAGCCGGGGUCCGUCCCAGUGCGGCACCGAAGGGGUCCCCAGUAUCUACACCAAUUUGUUCAAAUACGACAACUGGGUCAGGACGACAAUUGCGCGCAAUUGAAAGGAAAGCGCAAAAGUGGUUACUUCAGUUUAGUGCGAGAAAGAAGGGAUGGUGAAUAAAGACGUUUCUGUUGUUAAUCUUCCAGGA